AUAGGCGAUUGCCAGGUCAACCGGUGACUCAACAGCCUUAGCAUUCAUUCGCUUGUUCUAAAUCAGCUGUGAAUAUUUAUACAAGUUUGUGAGGAUUUGUGUAUGUUUGUGCCUAUAGGGCGGAAAAUAAAUUUCAAAAGGUUAUUCAAAAGGUCAUUUGGGGCUGUAACUCAGCGAAUCCCGGGAUCAGCUAUAAAAAUAAAUAAUAGGACUCUUUGCCUUUUCAUAUAUUAAAAAAGUGGUAUUUGACAUUGACACUAAUAAUAACAUGACUUUGACAGCCAAUCCAACACUACAAAAAAACAUUUAUUUUAGAUUGGUUUUUGGUAAAAUUAUGAAAAAUACGAAAAAAUAAUUAAGUACUGAUUGGAAGUUUUUUGAUUAAUUAAUUUAAAUUUAAGCUGGAAAUUUUGCCACCUAGAAAAUAUGGCAGAAUCUCAAGCAAAUGGAGAUAAUCCGCUGGAUAUCGACGGGAACAACUUUAACGCUGACUUAUAUCUUGAAAAUGUCCUGAAACGAGCUACUCUGCGACAAAUCAUGGACAAGGAGGCCGAAGUGGUCACCCAGAGCCAGUUUCUCCAAUCAGAAAUGCAGACCUUAGUCUAUGAGAACUACAACAAAUUCAUUUCGGCAACUGAGACUGUACGCAAAAUGCGUUCAGAUUUCAAGAUAAUGCAAGAAGAAAUGAACAAGCUGAGUGAGAACAUAAACAAAAUUACUACCUUCAGCUCCCAGAUCUCAGAAUCCUUGAAGGACAGUGGCAACAAUGUGAGUAGACUUUGUGGAACACGGCAAUUGUUGGACAAACUUCAAUUUCUUUUUUUAUUGCCCACUCAGUUGAAUAAAGCCAUAGACGAAAACAGGUACGCUGAUGCUGUCCACGACUAUACCCAUGCUCAAAGAGUGUUGCAAAAAUAUGGCAACCAACCUUCUUUUCAAAGCAUCCAAACUGAAUGUUCUGAGAUUAUUUAUGGCUUAAAAAAAACUUUGAGAGAUAGAUUGUUAAGUCCAGAAACUUCGGCUUCUGAGUUAGCUGAGAGUGUGGGCUUAUUGAGACAGCUUCAGGAAACUGAUUCAUCCCUGAAAGACAUCUUCUUGAGCUGUGCUGAAAGUAGACUCGACAAACAUCUACAGACAUUAAGUGGCAUGGUUGAAACAACAGACAUUUUGGAAUGGGUAGAGAAAUGUAACAAUACAUUGCUAGCGGACUUGGGAAUAGUUAUAUCCUGCUACCAUGAAAUGUUUCAAGACAAAGAGGACACAAAUAUCCCGGAGUUUGCUGAUAAAAUUGUGAUGCAACUGUUCCAUCUCUUUGAAGAAGUCGUUAAAAGACCAGAGAAUGUUGGCACUGAAAUUUUGAUUAGAGGACUGGAUAAAUUCUUCAGGAAGUUACAGGCUAUGACUGAAAUAAUUUCGAGUGAUGCAAUGUCCAAUAAAGCUGUAGAGUUAGUAGUGCAGUGUAUAGAUCACAAAGCCACAAUUCAGUACCAAUCAAUACAGUCACAUUUCAAAGAUAGCUUGAUGAAAGUCCGACAAUCUUUAGCCAGCAAAGGAACUGAAAAUGCAGACUUGAAAGAUAUCCUCAACUCUUUGCAAGUGUAUCUCAUGCAGAAAGUCCAAGCUUCUCUUCUAGAUCUGAUGGCAUUUUUGCAAAACAAUCUGUCUUUUGGUCUCAAGCAAUGGUGUGCCAAAUCUGUGUCAGACGCUUGCUGGAAGAUUGUCUCAGAAACCAUGGUGAAUCUGUCAGAUAUAGUCAAGACAUCCUGUUUGCAGACUUCAAACAACAACAUUCCAUUUGAAUUACUACUGAUUCUUGCUAAGUUAUGUUUAGAAAUGCAAGACAGUGGAGUAACAACAUUACAUAGUCACUUGUUGAAGCUAUUAGAAGAAUCAGCACCUGGCUUGACAAUAGAGAAUAGAGAUACCAACAGUAUAAUGGUACAUUUAUCGACAGCAGCACAAGCAGCAUUAGAUUCAGAGGUAGUAUUUAUAGGGCAGACUGCAGCUCAGAUGCUGAGGGUGUCCGUUUUAGCGAGAGAUUGGUUACGAGCACCUGAACCACGAGGGCCUAGAGCUGUUUGCCGAAGAGUCGUGGAAACAUUAGCCAGUGCCGACAAUGCUGCAGCUCAACUUUUCCCAACUAGUGUGAAACCAUCCAGUGAUUCAAGUAGGAGAACUAUUUGGUCUCGCGCACCAUCAUCCUUCUCACCAAUAAAUAGGAUUUUCUCUGAAAGAAUUGAGGUUUUCAGUCCGGCUGGUGCGGAUAGAGCGGCGUUGUCAAAUGGAGCUUUAAAAGUCGCGUUAAAGGCCUUGGUGGAAUGCGUACGGCUGCGAACAUUUGGGAGGCACGGAUUGCAGCAGUUGCAAGUUGAUGUGCAUUUCUUGCAACAACGCUUGUCGUGCAUGGGCAAUGACGAGCGAUUGCUUAAUGCACUAUUAGAGGAUGCUUUAGCCUCUGCUCAGUUGAGAUGUGUGGACCCUCAGUUGAUGGAGCCUAGUAUUGUAGACAUUAUUUGUGAACGGGGUUGAAGUUUUUUUAUUAUUAAGUAAAAUGAUAUAUAAAUAUUUAUUCUCAAUACUUAUAUGUUAAAAUUAAGAAUGUAAAUAUAUUUUAAUAAUAAAGCCGUUGUAAUUUUA